GAGCCCCGCGGUCAUCGGAUCCGCUCGCUGCCGGGCAGCCGUCCGCCUGCUCCGCCGAGCCGCCCUCCGCCUGCUCCGCCGAGCCGCCCUCCGCCUGCUCAACGCGAGCCGCGCUCCCGCCUCCAGCCCCGCCGACAGCGCCUCGCAGCCCGGCUCUCGCUGCACUCGGGACGAUGGCGACGGCUGAGGUUCUGAACAUCGGUAAGAAACUCUAUGAGGGCAAAACAAAAGAAGUGUAUGAAUUGUUGGACUGUCCCGGACAAGUUCUCCUGCAGUCCAAGGACCAGAUUACAGCAGGAAAUGCGGCCAGAAAGAACCACAUGGAGGGAAAAGCUGCCAUCUCAAACAAAACUACCAGUUGCAUUUUUGAGCUGUUGCGAGGAGCAGGUAUCAAAACUGCUUUCGUCAGGCAGCACGGGGAGACGGCUUUCAUCGCGCCGCGCUGUGAGAUGGUUCCCAUUGAGUGGGUCUGCAGGAGAAUAGCCACCGGCUCCUUUCUCAAACGAAAUCCUGGCGUUGAGGAAGGGUACAGGUUUAACCCACCUAAAGUGGAAAUGUUUUUCAAGGAUGAUGCCAACAAUGACCCACAGUGGUCUAGGGAACAGAUCAUUGCUGCCAAGUUCUGCUUUGCUGGACUUGACAUAGGUCAAACUGAGGUGGACAUCAUGGACCGCACCACACAGGCUAUUUUUGAAAUCCUGGAGAAGUCCUGGUCGACUCAGAAUUGUACCCUGGUGGAUAUGAAGGUUGAGUUUGGUGUUGAUGUUACUACCAAAGAAAUUGUUCUUGCUGAUGUGAUUGAUAAUGAUUCCUGGAGACUCUGGCCGUUAGGGGAUCGAAGGCUGCAGAAAGACAAGCAGUCUUACCGUGACCUGAAAGAAGUGACUCCCGAAGGGCUGCAGAUGGUGAAGAAAAACUUCGAGUGGGUUGCUGAGAGAGUGGAGUUGCUUCUGAAACCACAAAGCGUAAGCAGAGUUGUAAUACUGAUGGGCUCAACUUCUGAUCUUGAGCACUGUACACAGAUCAAGAAGGCUUGCGAAGGUUUUGGAAUGCCCUGUGAGCUUCGUGUGACGUCUGCCCAUAAAGGACCAGAAGAAACCCUGAGGAUCAAAGCCGAGUACGAAGGGGAUGGCAUCCCCACUGUGUUCGUGGCAGUGGCAGGCAGAAGCAACGGCUUGGGCCCAGUGCUGUCCGGCAACACCGUGUAUCCAGUCCUGAACUGUCCCCCGCUCGACUCGGAAUGGGGGGCCCAGGAUGUGUGGUCCUCUCUUCGACUACCCGGUGGUGUCUGCUGUUCGACUAUUCUUUCUCCCCAAGGAGCAGCUCGGCUUGCUGCUCAGAUCCUUGGAUUGAACGACCACUUGGUAUGGGCCAGACUGCGCGCAAGCCUGUUGAACAUGUGGAUUUCCUUGAAGCAGGCUGACAAGAAAAUCCGAGCAUCCAGUUCCUCAGAAGGAACACCAUUUUCUUUUUAGGAGGAAAACUAUGAUUUUCUAGUUUAACCAUAAUAGGGAAAAAAUCGUGUGAGUCGUAAAGACAAUUUUUUAAAUCAAACAAAAUUUCCUAAUAAAU